AAGCAAGAGGACAUCACAGCUAAGAGAAUAUUAGGCGAUACCAAGCAUUUUUGCCCUGUUGCCUUAAAAAACCACAACAUCCUGUGGCCAUGUUCAGAUGAAAUAGCUGCUAAGUACCGUGAAAAGUCCUACUUCUUGUCCAGCCAGGAUGCCAGAGACUCCUUCCUUCAAAAUCCUGCACAGUUUGUUGCACAUGACAAACCUCUUAAGCCUCCUGCCUUGAGAAUAUUUUUGCUGGGCAACAGAGGGUCAGGCAAGACAACUCAUGGUGCAUGGUUGGCACAGCAACUUGGACUCUUCCACAUUCAAUUCAGGGAGCUGCUCCAAAUGCUGAUCAUGGCCAAGACAAAGAAGCAAGUACCUUAUGCAGAUGAGUAUAUGUCUCUAGAAGAUGAUUCUGCAUAUUUGGAGGCCCAAAUACAAAAAGCCAGACAAGAACUCGAGAAUGAGACGGAGGAUAACUCUCACAACAUGGAUGGCGUGGAGCAGGAAGUGGAGCUUACUGAAAACGAAAUGGCCAUAAAAGCAUACCUCUCCAGUGAAGCUCCCCUGAGUCCAGUAAUCCUUGAUAUGGUUAUUCCACUAUACUGGAAACAAGAACCAUACCUAUCCACAGGCUUCAUUUGUCCUGAUCCUGAGGAGAUCCAGUACAUGGUGCAGAAACAACUUUUCCCUGAUGUUAUUGUAGUCAUGGACGUGGAUGUUACAGAUGCUCAGAAACGUCUGUUGCCAAACUACCUUAAAAAGUGGCAUGAUCUUCAGGACAAGCAAAAAGCACAGUUGAAACUCCUUCAGGAUCUACGCAAGAAAAAUCGGGAGGAGAAAAUGUCCAAAAGAAGAGCUGAACUCAUGGCAGAGCAAAGCCCUAUGGAAGCAAAAACCAAUUUUAGGUAUCAAGCUGACGAUGACGAGGAUCCAGAUAACAUAAAAGACAAAAUAGAGGCCAUACUGGAGGAGGAGUUUUCUGCAGAAGAGGAUGAUGAAGAGAUUGUGAAUGAGCCCACGGAUGAAAUUAUUGAGAGGCUAGAGAUGGAAAUAAAUGAACGCUUUCAAACUGAUGAAAACAUCCUUAUAACUGUGAUGUGUCUGGAGGUAGUACUCAUGAGUGCAGUCUGCAGCACUCGAGGGUAUGUUCUGGAUGGCUUUCCAAUGACUCUUGGGCAGGCAAAACUGAUGACUUCUCGGAGCAUCAUCCCCAUGAUAGUAGUUGAGCUUGAGCUGGGUACAGUGGAAGUGCUGAAGAGAGGCCAUGUAGACGAGAUGAACCCUAACAAGCCUCACCUGAUGCAUGACAGCUCUGAGAUCCUCCAGAUUAGGAAUUCCUGUUACAAGAAGGAGGUGGAGUACGUAAGGCAUUACUUCCAACAGCAACAUCAGAACUGGUUCAUCUUUGAUGGCUUAAAGAGCAAAUGGUGGAUCUGGAACCAUGUUUUAAAGGAGGUCAGCAUCAGCUUGAAAAUGAUCCACACCUACCUGGAGAGGAGGAAAAGUGGCAAAGCAGCCUCCAUCAACAGGCUGUGUAUCACACCCAACAAGCUUAACUGUGGAGAGUUUGGCCACUACUGCUCCGUCUGUCUGGCUCUACAUCACCACCUGGUGGAUUGCUCAGAAUCCACAGCCUUGACUCAUGAAGCUGAAUACAAGGGACGCUAUUACAAAUUGUGUGGUGAAAACCAUCUAGAGAAAUUCCUGUCAGCUCCUUAUCAGUUUGUGACACCUGGCUGCCCACACACCCUCCCACAACCCCACAUGCUGCCAAAAAAGCUGACCGAGAUUCAGGUCAGGGACAGGUUCCCACAGCAGGCUGACAUGAAAGGUUUUUGUCCUGUUACUUACCUGGAUGGAAACAGGAGAUAUGAAGCUCUGGUUCAAGGAAGGAUGGAAUAUGCUGUAGAAUACAGGGAACGAAUCUACAUUUUUGAGACAAGUCAGAAACGGGACAAGUUUUUGAGAGCUCCCGAAAUCUACUGGGAACAGAAACUGCCCAAUAAAGUACCACCUCUUUGUGAACCUGUGCUCCUCACCUCCCUACCAAUUCAGGGCUAUCUAGAACAAGGAAUCGCAGUACCAGUGAUCAAGGCCCUGACUGCUGCUGGGCGUCUCAAACCAAAGUAUCCCUUUCUCAGUGCCCAAAGAUCAGCUGUCCUCUAUGUAGCCUUAUAUUUGAAAGCUUUCAACAACAAGAGUACAGACUAUACCCGCCAUAUGUACAGAAAGAAGCUUGCCGCGUUUGAAGAAAACUGUGCACUCAUUCCUUACCUGAGCUCAGAAAUGAUAGGGAACUACAAACCUCCCAGUGAUCGUCCCAUUGCUUUUGAGUUCAAAAUGAAAAGGUUUCUGGCACUAGGAGUCUUGGGAGCCAGUGUGUUGUAGUUUUUUGUCCUGUUUUGCACAAUUGAGCACAGUCUGUUAUUGUAUUUCAUAUGGCAAGCUGUUGUGUACAUAAACAAAUAUGAUGUAAAAGUUACUGUUGUGAUCUCUUUAAAAUCAGUAAUAAAGCAUCCAUAGUCUGAGAA